AUGCCCAGCGGAAUCCGGCGUCGACGAGCCGCCAAGGCUGGCGAGAACACGAAAUCACGACGGGGCCGAAAAAACAAGAAGACCAAGUCUCUGGAUGUGCAAGGCAACCCAGUGAUUGCUGCGCAUUGGGACAAAAACCUCACACUGGCCCAAAAUUACAAAAAGCUUGGGCUUACUGCAAAGCUCCAAAAGCCCGCUGGAGGUGUCGAGAAGGAUGUGCGGGUACAGGACGAGGCUAUUUCUCAGCCCAUCAAACGGUCGACCAUAAAAGAGGCCAAGAUUGUCACUAAAGAGGACGGAUCGACCGAGAUCGUCUACGCAAGCGAUGACGAAGAUGAGGUCUGGACAGGAUUCAACGGCGAACACAAGAGCGAGGUCAUCAAUGAGCUCAAAGAAUAUGCUGCCAACGGUGUCACGAAACCCCGCCAUCAAUCAGACAGAGAACAGGAGUGGAUCGAGGCUCUGGUCGCCAAGCACGGCGACGACUACCAGGCCAUGCAGUGGGACCGAAAAGUUAAUGUAUUCCAGAAAUCGGCGGGCGAUCUGAAACGACGCAUCUUCAAAUGGAAAAAAUCUCAACAGAAUGUAUGA